ACAAACUUCUACUAACUACAUGUAACAAAAUAUACGACAUCUACAUAAACAAGUGUCGAUAAAUUGCUACAAUAAAAAGGGUUGACUGUUGUAUUGACGGCCAACUAAAAUAAUUGGUCAAAACCUUUCAAUCAUCUACUUUCUCUUCGUUUCGUUUUUCACUCGCCUUCUAUAACCCUUUCAUUAUUUCUUUCUUUUCUUUUUCGUCUAACCCUAAUUAGUAUGCUAUUUUUAUGUAUUCUAAUCACAAGUAUGAACGAGUCUAUACCCGACUGACCAACAGUAUAGAGAAUUAAUAAUUGAACCAUGAACCACUAACUUUUUUAGCUCAAUGUCGAGUCAAAUUAAUUUUAAAUAUAUAUGGUUAAUACUUAUUAGAAAGUCAUCAUUUUCUACUAUGAGAUUUGAAGGCAUGAAAUUUUAAGCGAGUUCCAGUUUGUAUUUCUUUUGCUUCUCUCAAGUGUUUUUCUUUUUCACACGGGCUAGGAUUUUUAACAAUUAUACAUGAAAUUUCAAUAACCAUACAUAUCAAAUAAAUAAUUUCCUAUUUUUCAUAAAAAUUAAAUAAUUAUCAUCUUAAAUAUAUCACCAUAAAAUGAAUUAAGCUUCAACUAUGCAAAUUACAGUUCGCUAUCUCAACUUAAUAGAUCUUUAGAUUUAUAACCUAUUUUUUUUGGCAAAUAAGUCCUCAAAAUAUUGAUGGAACAUUACAUUUUAUUACCUAAACUUUUUUGUGUAUUACAUUUUAGUACCUAAACUUUUGAAGUUCUACAAAUAAGUCUAAUUUUUGUAUGUGUAAUUAAAACACAAUAAAUGGGUAUCCAUACCCAACUCAUACACAUUUAGAUUAUGAAAGUAAAUAUCCAUACCCUACCCAAAUCCAUCUACAAACUUCCCAACUCAUAUGUACGUCACCCAUACCCUACACAGCCUAGUUAUUAUGCUAACUUGAAGAUUCGUUAGUAUAUACUAAAUAAUAUCCAAAAUGUAUGAACUAAUAUCCAAGUCUGCUGAGUAUCUAGAUAACACAACUAGUAUUCAAAACAUCACAAACUAGUAUCCAGAUAGCAGAUACAAACUAAUAUCCACAAUCAACCAACAAGUAUUCAAUAUGAAUACUCUUAUGUGUUAUCUGGAUACUAUUAUGUGUUAUCUGGAUACUACUUAUGUGCUAUAUGGAUACUAUUAUGUGCUGUCUAGAUAUUAGUUUGUGAAUUUGGGAUAAUAGUUGAUUCAUGAUGGAUAUCAGUUAACAAACUUUGAAUACUAGUUUGUGCUCUCUAGAUAUUUUAGUACUUGGAUACUAGUUCAUAUAUUUUGGAUAUCAGUUAGUAUCUGCUAACGAAUCUUCAAGUUAGCAGAUUAACUUUCUCCUACCCUACCCAUAAUCAAUGGUUCUACUUGGGUUUAGGUAAAUAUAAUUUAUUAGCCAAAAUUUUCAAAAAUUUUAAAUUGGAUGUUGACCGCCAUAUAUCUCUUUUCAGUCAAUAUCAUAUUGUUAAGUCAAUAUUCCUAACAAAAAUGCUGACAAAAAAUUAAUUUUAGGCUAAUUUUUUAGGACUAGAUUUUAGCUAGAAGUAUGCAUAUUUUCGAUAGAAAAAGGGAGAAAGAGGGUCAAACCAUAGGGAAAAAGGAGAAGGGACUUUUGGGUCUUUUUAUACCUAUAGUAAUAGCUUUUGCUUUUAGUAAUUAUUGAGGGAUAUUCUUGACAACGACGAAAUUUUGUCAAGUGGGUCGACUAAUGUUUUGGUAGGAUUCUAUGGUAUGGACCUUCAUGUAGCGAUUUGCUUGUAAUUUUUAUUUUUGUUGAUGUUAGUUCUCCACAUUUUAGUUACUUUUAAUUUCCUCUCCUCUUGCUAUAUUGCAGGGUUGUAGCAAUUCAAUUAGAUCCAAAACCCCACGAAAUCGAAAUGAUUUUGGAUCGAAAAGUAAAAGGUAAUUAAGGAAUAAAAUUGGAUUAGAAGUACAAUUUUGACUCAAUCGGUUGCCACCGGAAUUAUUAGGACCAUUCAUUGAAUAAAAACUAAUGACAUUAUUUGGUUAAUUUCAAUGUAAAUUUCGAUACUUUCGAUUCGAACUUAUUUGGUCUGAUAUGUUGCCCACCCCUAACUGUUACAACUCAUACCAUGAGUUUGGUACAUAUCACAUGAUUACAUUAAUUACCAUUUAAUUAAGUAUUCAUUAGCAAAAUGCGGCCAAAUAUAUGAACCGAAUCAAACCCAUCAACUAGUUUUUGAGCACCCUCCAGUAUAAGUUGUUGAAUAUGAACAACGUACAAUUUAAUAUAGUACACGCAAAAAAAAGAUAGAAAAUUUUAGUGCUUAAAGCAAGGGAAAUCAUAAUACCAUAAAAUUUAGGGUUAUUAACAAAUGACAAGCAUAGAUUGUCGAAUAAAUUAAUUGAAAAAAAAAAGUAUUUUACAUGAAGGAUUGUGAGAUUACAACAAAAAAUGUAAUAUAUGGUUUGCUACAAUUGGCAUGUAUUCUUGAAUUUUUUAAGCUUACCCCAAUAUUUUUUAUUGGUAAAUCAAAAUACAUGUUUGUCCAACAAACUAUAAUAUAACAUACGUGACUCCUUUCAUCUUGUUAGGUUUUCCUUCCAAAUGUUUUGGAUUAUAAGCAAACUAGUCAGAUUAACAAUAAAGAGUCACUACAUAUAGAUCCUACCCAAAUUGCAUAACACACCCCAUUUUUCAACCCGACUAUGAUGCUCACCUAACACCUGUGUGAACGUACUUACAAAGCCCCGGACCAUCAGAUCGCAUGUUAGACACUCCAACAAUCAUGCAUUCUUGUAAGCGCACGUUCUCACACAUUGUAAUGUGAGCACAACAAUUAAAUUGUGGCUUUUAACCAUGCCAACCCAGUUCAGAACUAGUAUUAUCUACAAUCAUGUAAGAAAAUAUCACCUCAUAAAUUCUAACAGAUUCGUGCCCCCCCUCCUAAUUAGAUGUUUUUUUUUCUUCAUAUAAAUGACGUGGAGACGAAAACCAAACAUAGCGACUUUUUAAGUUUUUUUUCCUUAGAUUUUGCUGCUACCGAUUUGUGAGUGACACAAAGUUUAGUGACCAUACAUGCAAAUUGACUGGAGGCCAUAAGCAGAGAUAUCCUAAAAUCUAGCUAUAUCUCCCCAAUGAGCUAGAUUUGUUGUUGUUGUUGUUGAUGAUGAUGAUGAUAAGAGAGUUAUAAAGUUCCAAGGGAUGAGAAUUUAGAUGGGAUAUCAAUAAGGGGAGAGGGUAAUCCAUCGAAGAUGUCGACCACUCAUCCUCAUACAUAUAUAAUGUCAAAGCCAAGAUUACUUAUACUCUGCCCUCUCCACACAUUAUAUUUAUCACUAAUAAUACGACGUGGGAAGUGGGACGCCAAGCACUACCUUAUGUGACCUUCUUUCUUUGCCCUUUUCCUUAGCAAAGCAAUUACCGUAGCAGAUUCCGUACGCAAACAAAGGAAUUCAUUGUAUGGGAACUUUUGGCUUGGGGUUGUAAUUUGCCAGGUUCAAUGAAAAGUUUGCUUGAUGUGAGGAGGCGGGCUUCUUACCAUAAAAUUAAAGUCCGAACAUGUAAAAAACUCAAUUUAAUUAUACUAUGUAAUUUGAGUUGUUAGAAGAAGUCUUAAGAAAAUUUUUAUUCGAUUCUUAUUCCUCAUUUGUACAUGACACACGUGUGAAUACAUACUCAAUCACUUAACAUUAGGGAUUGAUAACCAUCAACCAAUUCACAUCGGAUCCAAUCAAACAAAGUUGUAGUUUAGAACUAAGUAACCUGUUCGCGAAGUGAGAGCGAGAACAUGAAAGUGCUUAUUGCUCGAGAAUUUGAUAUUAAGUGCGAAGAGAGUGUCAAUGAUAGCACCAUAAUUACACAUGUUUGUCCUCACAUUUCUCGGCCCCAAACGUUACAGGCGUAACAUGGGGCCGUAACUUGUCCUCUGCUAUGUGUAUAAAUGUGUUUUUGCGAUUUAUGGAGAGGGAGAGCUGGGGUUUGGAUCCCAACCACCAAUUGGACGAGGCCUAGAGAGAGAGAACGACUUGGGACAUUUUGGAGAUGUUUUGGAGAAUUUUUUCACUAUUGGACCUCGAGAAUCAAAUUUGGAGAUGGAGAUUGAAGAUCUAGGUCAAAUUUUGCAUUCUCUCUCUUCUCUAUGGAGUAACUUCCAUUCACUUAGGUUUUGAGGAACCCUUGCUUUGUUUGUUUGGUGGGAUGAUUGUAUAAGUACUCUCUCUUGAUUAUCUUGAGUUCAUAUUCAAUCUACGCAUGUUUGGAUGUUCAAUUCUGCUUGAGUCGAGAUUAUUGAUCCUGCUUUGAUUUUAUGACAGGGAAUACCUGAUUAGGUCAAUAGAGCAUCAUAAACUGAUAAUACUGGAUCGAUUAUGAAAGAGUGAGUCAAUUCACUGCUUUGUAUUGAGUAAGGCCUCGCCCAAUAGAGGGAGUCUAGACCAGAACACCUUGAUCGAUUGUGCUAGAGAAGGAUACGUCCCUAUAGGGAAACCAACUCAAGAAUUGAAAAUAAUAUUUGUACAACCAAGAUAUGUUAACAUGUUAGUAGUAGUGCGAAGGAACAUUGAAAAUAAUAUUUGUACAACCAAGAUAUGUUAACAUGUUUGUAGCAUUAUAAAAGGUUUGGCUAAUCUUUUAUAAUCCGUGAAAGGUUUGGAUAAAAAUAGUAUUUGUCAUUAUAAAUUUUAAAAUUUUUUUUUAAUUGACAUGGUGCUGAUGUGUCAAACACGUGGAAUGAUGAUUAACUUACAUGUAAUUCAGUUAAGGCUAACGUUAAUGGGAAAUAACUAUAUGGCUUUAACCGAGAUUCAAGGUCUAGUCAAGAACUCUCCACAUUAUGAAUGAAUAGAGAAUCAAGUUAGAGAAUCAUCAAUCAUUUUUCUUGUUAGUGGCUAGUGGGAAUCAACGUGAGUGAGUUUCCAACCUUUAAUUAGAUUAAUUUUAACUAUUGUUUGCUGAAGUAAUUGUAGUUCUCUUAUCUCAAUUUGUUUUGCUGAAUAAUAAACUGUAGCUGAAUAAUAGUAAAUCUAGAGACCCAUGGAUUCGAUAUUUUAUCACUUGUGUCACUAUACUGCGAUCUUGUCUUUGUUACACUUAGCAUGUGAGGAGUGUAGUUUCAGCAAGUUAAAAUUUUGGCGUCGUUGCCAGGGACUUUCUAGAUUAUUAGGAAAGAUUGUAGUUUGUUAAUUUAGCCAAUAUUUAUUUUAUUUUUCUAUUCCACCCUUGCUUUUCACUUGUGUGUUUUUUCUUUGGUUGUGCCGAUAUAAAUCAUGAAUCCCUAUGUCUUUUCUGAGUAGUGGGGGUAUCAACCAACAUCCGGUCGGUACUACCCCGAUAACCACUACAAAGAAGGUUAAAGAUUCAGGGUCCGGGAAAACAACCGCCUUUCUACAAUGCACAACUAGACUCUUGGGAAUUUCAAGAACCACCUCCUUAUCAAGAAGAUUUCCCUCCACAACCAGUGAGGCCAUAUGAUAUGGAGUUAGUCGUGGCAGUAUUCACAUGGCAUUCUGCAGAGCCAUGCUACAUUCAACAUUCGGAGUCGAAGAGCCAUUGCGAGCUUGCUGUUGAGCAGUUUGUUCGGGAUACUGACAGAUCAAUUAAGAAUAUUGUCAGAGUUUGCUCCAAUAUGGCUUUCCAAUCCACUGUCCAUCCCUACUCCUUUCUCUUUGAAAUGGAGGAUGAUGUUCAACGCUUAGCGAAACAAACAAAAUGGGUUGAGUAAUCUUGUGCACAACUUGCUCAAAAAUCUCUUUUUUGCUACCAUACAAGCAGAAGAGGAGGAUGAAGCCUCAUAUCAAGAUAAUACUGUGAAGUAGACAGAAGUUGUCAUAGAGAGCUAUCGUGAUGAUCAUGAUCAAGAAUGUCCUAUUGUGGCAGACCACACCUUUCCCCAUUCCCGCUUUGAAGAGAUGGAGAUGGACGAGGAGAUGCAAUCUAAUCCUAUCAAGAAGCUUGCAUAGAGACAUGCUUUCUAAUCCGUGCUUGAAGAUAAGGAAUAAAGGGUGAGAGGUGAAGUUGUGGAGGAGGAAGAAAGAAAUGAAGAGGAAUUUCUUGUUCUUCCACAAGGGGAAGAACCAAAUUUUAAAGGGGGGGGGGGGGGGGGGGGGGGGUUAAUAAAGCAAUUGGUGUCCAAGUUAGGGAUGAAGUUGUGGUGGAUGAAGCUUCCACCAGUCAUGAGUUUCAUGCGCUAUCUUCACCCAACUUCGAGGAGCUACUUGGAAAGGACCCAUUUGCAAGACCAAGACCAAGAUCACACCACCUUUGAUCCCUCUAGUGGAUACAUGUGAGAUUUAUGCCUGCUCGUUUCUUUCGUGUGUGAUAGAUCCCUCUUACCGUGAUGUGUAGCAUUCAUGUUGCCACUAAUGAGGAAGAUGGAGGCAUAAGAUUAGUAAAAAAAAAAAAAUUGAAUGUCCCGGUGUGUCAUACCCAUAGUCAGCUCCCUUGAGCCGUGUACACUUCUUUUUUGUGUCUGCAUUAGAGAAGAGUUAUAUAUGUGUCUUGAAGCUCAUCUGAGCUUACCAAAAGGUUUCACAAAACAAUUCUUACAUGAUAGUUGCUGAUUGUGAAAUUAAGUAUAGAGAUAAAUUAUUGGAAUUGAGCAUGCAUUCAUAAGGUUCAAAAGGUGGCAUAUGUUGUUGUCUCUUAAAGGAAAUGAAAAAAUAUAUAAAAAGAGAAAUGAAAAAAAUAAAAAGAAUGAGAGUUGCCAUCCAAGUUGAUUAUGCUCUAAAUGUUGGUAAUGCCCUUCAAUCUUGGCUUAAAGGUUAUAAAAGCAGCUGCAGCAGAGGAAGAUUGAUGUGAAUGAUUGUUAAUUGGCUUGGUAGGGAAUUGUGGAACCGUGUGCUAUAAGUGUUUCCACCACCUAAAUAUCCUCUCAGGCCCUAGAAUAUAGCUAGUUACAACCCAAUCAAGUACUCCUGACAAGUUAGCGGUGACACUCAUUCUGUGAACUCUACAUUUAGAAGCUGCCAUCAUGGCGAAGAGACGAUAGGAUGGAGUUUGAGUAUGCACAUCUUUUGUAUCAAUUUGUCUUGACCCCACUGGUCGAGAGUGAGUGAUUCUUUUCCACAUUAUAGAUCCUGGUGAGGACCUAGACUAUUUGGUCUUUUAUUCUGAUGGCUUGAUCUUUAUGCAUGGUAACUAUGUUAAAUGAAUAAUUGAGUCAAGUCUACGUUGGUCCGUGAAUAGAGGGAAGACUAUUCCUUUCCAAGAUUUUGCUGCAAUCAAAUGUGAUCUUGAGUUCAUAUUCAUUAUAUGCAUGUUUGGAUGUUCAAUUCUGCUUUAGUCGAGUAUUGAUUCUGAUUUGAUUAUAUGAGAGGGAAUAGCUUAUUAGGUCCAUAGAGCACCAUAGAUUGAUAGUACUAGAUCGAUUGUGCGAAAGUGAUUCGAUUCACUGCUUUGUAUUAAGCGAGGAUCUCACCCUAUAGAGGGAGUCUAACCUUGGUCGAUUGUGCUAUAGAAGAUACGCCCCUCUAGGGCAAUCGACUCAAAAGGGCCUGAUUGCUUUAAUUGAGAUUCAAGGUCUAGUCAAGGACUCUCCAUAUUAUGAAUGACAAAGAAUCAAGUUAGAAAAUCUUCACUCUUCAAUCUGGUUAGUGGCUAAGGAGAACCAAUACCCAAGCGAGUUCUCAACCUGUAAUUAGAUAAACUUUAAAUCUACGU